AUGCCUGUGCCAGCACCUGUAUCAGUGUCCCUGACUGUGCCCGUGAGUUUGUCUGUGGCUAUUCCGGUUCCUGGGCCAGUGCUAAUGCCUGUACCUGUACCUUUGUCUGUGUCUGUCCUGGAGUUCAUGCUUGUGCCUCGGUCAGUGCAUGUGGCACUACCUGUGCCUGUGCCUGUGCAGUUGUCUACAGCUGUGCUGGUGCCUGCCCUUUACCUGUUCAUGAUCCGAUACCUGUACUGCUGUGCUUCUGCCAGUGUCAGUGCUUGUGUCCACAUAAAUGCUUGUAUCUGUGCCUAUGUCUGUGGCAGCGCCUGUGCCUCUACCAGUGCCAAUGGCUAUCCAUGUGAUAUGCCUGUGCCAGUGGAAGUGCCUGCAUGUGGGCCAGUUCCUAUUCCUGUACCAGUGAUGUUGUUUGUAUUGGUUGUACUUGUCAAUGUGCUGCACCUGCACCAGAGCCUGUGCCUGUACCCUGUGCUUGUAUCUGCGCCAGUGUCUAUGCCUGUGCUGGCGCCAAUACUCAUUCCAGCGACUGUUACUGUGCCAUUGUUGAAGCCAGUGUUGGUUCUGGAGCCAGCGUUAGCACCUUCACCACAUGACAUAGUAUGGUUGCAUGUGGAGCCAGCUGCAGCAUGUGUGUGA